AUGAAUCACUACAAGCAGUGCAAGACAAAGCAGAACAAAGCAGCCAAGAAGCCCAGUCGGCCAGCGGCUACAGCGUGGAACCUGGAGUCGCUCAACGCUUUGCCUGACAGGGAACGAGGGGAGAGGGGGCGCUUGGCUUGA